UCACGCUCGGCUCUGUCAAAAGCUGCCAUUUUCAAGUAGGGACAUAGAGAAGACGCCUCUAACUAAAAACAUUUUUAAAUCCACUUAUACCACGAUCAUCGGACGUCCUAGACACUCUUGCGACAGAUAAAUACAAUCUGUACUAACCGAAGAGAAUGGCCGAAACGGAUAAAUUGAACAUCGACAACAUAAUAGGUCGACUUUUGGAAGUGCGAGGAGCUCGCCCUGGUAAAAAUGUCCAGUUGACAGAGGCUGAAAUCAGAGGACUUUGCUUGAAGUCACGAGAAAUUUUCCUGUCCCAGCCCAUCCUCUUAGAAUUAGAAGCACCUCUCAAAAUAUGCGGUGACAUUCACGGCCAGUACUAUGACCUGCUGCGUCUUUUCGAGUACGGAGGUUUCCCACCCGAGUCGAAUUACCUCUUCCUCGGCGACUACGUCGACCGAGGGAAGCAGAGUCUCGAGACCAUCUGUCUGCUGCUGGCCUACAAGAUUAAGUACCCUGAGAACUUUUUCCUGCUGCGUGGCAACCACGAGUGCGCCUCCAUCAAUAGGAUAUACGGCUUCUAUGACGAGUGCAAGCGUCGCUACAACAUCAAGCUCUGGAAAACGUUCACCGACUGCUUCAACUGUCUGCCCGUAGCCGCCAUUGUCGACGAGAAGAUCUUUUGCUGCCACGGCGGCCUCAGCCCCGACCUGCAGAGCAUGGAGCAGAUUCGCCGCAUCAUGCGACCAACAGACGUGCCCGACCAGGGCCUCCUUUGCGAUCUGCUUUGGUCUGACCCCGACAAGGACACCAUGGGCUGGGGAGAGAACGACAGAGGCGUUAGCUUCACGUUUGGCGCUGAGGUUGUUGGCAAAUUCCUUCACAAACAUGACUUUGACCUCAUCUGCAGAGCACAUCAGGUUGUGGAAGAUGGUUAUGAAUUUUUUGCUAAGCGGCAGUUGGUCACUCUGUUUUCGGCUCCCAACUACUGCGGCGAGUUUGACAAUGCCGGUGCAAUGAUGUCCGUCGACGAGACAUUAAUGUGCUCCUUCCAGAUUCUCAAGCCUGCUGACAAGCGGAAAUUCACUUACGGAGGCCUCAACACUGGCAGGCCAGUCACACCACCGAGAGGCGCCACCAAUAAAGCAAAGAAGAAGUGAGAAGAUUCGAGUUGAACGCGAAUUUAUUUUUUAUCUCCCACAUUACGACCAUCUGAAAAGAGAUCUCUGAUCCAAUCUCACCAAGUAACGCAUACACCACCCCACACCCAAGAGAAACGUUUGCGAAUGUAAAAAGAAAAUAUUGUUUUCGUGACUGAGCAUUUCUCCUGCAAGUCGAAGAGAGGAAAACAUAGUUAAUAUUAAAAACAGACAAAAUAAACUGCAGCCAAACAAACAAACAUACAAAAAACCACCCAGUUGAUAUGUAAAAAUGUGUAAAGAGAGAGAAAAGCAUUUCAUUUUGUAACAAUUUACUUAUUAUCGAAUUAAUUUUAUGUUAAAAAACCUGUUUUGGUCAAUUACGAUUGGCGUCCAUUUACGCAAUGUUGGCCGGUCGCCUCCAAAGAACUGUGAUACUAGAGCGGAGCACUCCGCUCAGGGGGCACUGAACUAGCACUGUUUGAAUAAACAUCUCAUUGGCCUGACCUUUUUGUUUUGGCGCCCAGCCGCAUUGCCAAGGACGUUUUUCAGGACUGACCUGAAACACCUUUAAUGUCGUACUAGAUAAAAAAUAUUUAAUUAUUUGGUGAGGUAAUUCUUUUCUGUUUCCAUCGUCAUCACAAUCACAUAAACACGAUUUAAUUAAUGUUCAUGCAAUUUCUUAAUCUUAAGGUGGGAAUGAAUGUUUACAUCAGAUCAGCCAGUUUGGCGUAAAAAGGAAUUAUUAUGUUAAGUUAUCCAAGUUUAGAACAUAAAAGAAAGCAAGUAAAAAGAAACCAAAAAUCGAAAAACCAACCCCUGUAAUCAUCAUUCUACUAUACGUAUGUAAUUCUGGCAGCACUUCUUCUACUUCGUGUCUUGCGCUUGUCUCUGUUGGAAAAAAGAUUACUGUAAAAAAAAAAAUGGAAGCUCAACUUAAAC